GUCACACAUCUGACAAGCGCAAGCAGUGCAAAGCCAAAAGCAAGUGACAGUCAACUAAAAUCUCUACUAUGGUGAACAGGAGGCGAAAUGGAUCUCGUGCUAAUGGUCGUGCCGGUCGAGGAGUUGUUAAUGCACAACAACAGCAGCAAUGCAAGCAGUCACCUAUGAAGGCUCUUAGAGAACCAGCCAUCUUUGCUAAACAAUCAGGCAGCACCUCGGACACUCCACAUGACAAAGUGACUUUAGCCCAGGCUCGCCGUGGCACGCCAGCUCGUAGACCCGUACGAGUGUAUGCCGAUGGAAUCUUUGACCUCUUCCAUUCAGGUCAUGCCCGGGCUCUGAUGCAGGCCAAGACUUUGUUCCCAAACACAUAUCUGAUUGUUGGUGUAUGCAGUGAUGCCCUGACGCACAAGUAUAAAGGCUACACAGUGAUGACAGAGGAUGAACGUUAUGAAGCCCUUAUACACUGUCGUUAUGUGGACGAGGUAGUCCGUGAUGCUCCCUGGACUCUCACUCCUGAAUUCCUUAAAAAACACAGGAUUGACUUUGUGGCACAUGAUGAUAUCCCAUACACCUCUGCUGGAUCAGAAGAUGUCUAUAAACAUAUCAAAGAAGCAGGAAUGUUUGUGGCUACUCAAAGAACGGAGGGGAUUUCUACCUCUGAUCUCAUCACGCGUAUUGUUCGAGACUAUGAUGUCUACGUCAGACGUAACCUGCAGAGAGGAUACACAGCACGGGAACUCAACGUUGGCUUCAUCAAUGAGAAGAAGUAUCGCCUUCAAGAGCAGGUGGACAGAAUGAAGGAGACGGUGAGGACGGUGGAGGAGAAAUCCAAGCAUCUAGUGCACCGUGUUGAAGAGAAGAGCCAUGAUCUCAUCUACAAAUGGGAAGAGAAAUCUCGCGAGUUCAUAGGAAACUUCCUGGAGUUGUUUGGUCCUGAUAAAGCCUGGCACAUGAUCCAGGAACGGAGUGGCCGUGUUCUCCAGGCCCUGUCUCCCUAUCAGUCACCAAGUACGUCGCCCAGCUCCAGUCCCACCAGAGGUCGCUCAACAUCACCUGUCUCCCAAUGGCCCCUGCGCCGCUUCCAUUCACCUCCUCAUAAAGGAGCCUCUGUCAGCAGCAGUGAGGGUGACGAGGGGGAAAAUUAGGUGGAGGUUGGCUCUCCUACCAACUGCACAUUUGCACAGGCACCUUCUCAUUUUGUUUUCUGUAUAUAUGCACCAAAAUGCUUGAUCUUGAAAUGCUCAAAGAUCCAGAAUGGCUUCAUAAUUCAGUAGAAGAAAAAGUAUAUAUGUAAUA